GCAUCUCCCCGCAUCUCCCCCCGCACAUCCCCGGGCAUCUCCCCCCGCAUCUCCCCCCGCAUUUCUCCCCGCAUCUCCCCGCUCCGCACCCCAUGGCUCUGCAGCUCCAGCUCCGCACCGUCUCCGGCCUCCGCGGCAGAGCCGACCGCAUCGCCAAGGCGGCUUUCCGAGGGCUCUCCUUCUACACCCGAGUGCUGGAAAGCUGCGAGGACGAGGCCAGGUUUGAGGAGACCUUCCGCUGGCCGGUGGCGAGCAGCAUCGAUGGGAACGAGAUCCUGGAGAUCCAGGUCUUCAACUACAGCAAGGUCUUCACCAACAGGCUCAUCGGCACCUUCCGCAUGGUCCUGCAGAAGGUGGUGGAGGAAGGGCACGUGGAGGUGACGGAUACGCUCAUAGACGACAACAACUCAGCCAUUCAGACCAGCAUCUCCAUAGAGAUCCGGUACCAGGCCCAGGACGGGACGGUGGGCACGUGGAGCGACAAGGAGUUCCUGGAGACCCCCGGGCUCCGCUCGGAGGGGGACGGCAGGUGCCCUCUGGAGACGGACAGCCUCCUCCCCGGCCUUCGGCAGAGCUCGGACGUGUCCCCGGGGAAAUCCAGCCAGCAGCCUGCCGACAGGAGCUUCAGGAGAGCUGGGAAAGGAGUUUUUUCAGCCAUGAAGCUUGGCAAGGCACGUCCCACAAAGGACGACCAUCGGAAGCAAGAUGAACCCGCCGUUCUGGAGGCAGAAGACCUGGACCGAAAAGCCAUGAGGCUCGGAGGGGGGCUGGACCCGGACGCAAUCUCCUUGGCCUCCGUCACGGCCGUAACCACCAAUGUCUCGAAUAAAAGGUCCAAGCCCGACAUCAAAAUGGAGCCGAGUGCCGGGAGGCCGAUGGAUUACCAGGUCAGCGUCACCGUCAUCGAGGCCCGGCAACUGGUUGGGCUCAACAUGGACCCCGUGGUCUGCGUGGAGGUCGGCGAGGAAAAGAAAUACACCUCCAUGAAGGAAUCGACCAACUGCCCUUACUACAAUGAGUACUUCGUCUUCGAUUUCCACGUGCCCCCAGACGUCAUGUUCGACAAGAUCAUCAAGCUGUCCGUGAUCCACUCAAAAAACCUCCUGCGCAGUGGGACUUUGGUAGGCUCCUUCAAGAUGGAUGUUGGGACCGUUUAUACCCAGCCGGAGCACCAGUUCUACCACAAGUGGGCCAUCCUGUCCGACCCCGAGGAUCUCACCGCCGGGCUGAAAGGUUACCUGAAGUGUGACAUCGCCGUCGUAGGGAAGGGUGACAACAUCAAGACUCCACACAAAGCCAACGAGACAGACGAGGAUGAUAUCGAAGGGAACCUCCUCCUCCCAGACGGGGUCCCUCCGGAGAGGCAGUGGGCUCGUUUCUACAUCAAGAUCUAUCGAGCAGAGGGCCUGCCCCGUAUGAACACCAGCAUCAUGGCCAACGUGAAGAAGGCCCUCAUUGGCGAGAACAAGGACUUGGUGGACCCCUACGUGCAGGUGGUCUUCGCGGGGCAGAAGGGGAAGACUUCAGUGCAAAAAAGCAGCUACGAGCCUCUCUGGAACGAGCAGAUAAUCUUCACAGAAAUGUUCCCCCCCUUGUGCAAGCGGAUAAAGGUCCAGAUUCGAGACUCAGACAAAGUCAAUGAUGUGGCCAUUGGUACCCAUUUCAUUGACUUGCGGAAGAUCUCUAAUGAAGGAGACAAAGGCUACCUGCCCACCUUCGGCCCCGCGUGGGUGAACAUGUACGGCUCCACUCGCAACUACACCCUGAUGGACGAGCACCAGGAGCUGAACGAGGGCCUGGGCGAGGGCGUCUCCUUCCGGGCCAGGCUUCUGAUGAGCCUUGCUGUGGAGAUCUUGGACACCAGCAACCCGGAGAUCAACAGCUCCACCGAGGUGCAAGUUGAGCAGGCCACAUCAGUUGCUGAUAACUGCACUGGGAAGAUGGAGGAGUUCUUCCUCUUCGGAGCCUUCCUGGAAGCCACCAUGAUCGACAGGAAGAUUGGUGACAAACCCAUCAACUUCGAGGUCACGAUAGGUAAUUACGGGAACCAGAUCGACGGCACGGCCAAGCCCCUCCUGCGGAGGAAGAAGGAAGGAGGAGAUGGUGACGAGGAGGAGUCGGAGCUGCUGCAGAACUCGAGUGAGGAUGAAGGUGGCGAGGACGGAGAGAUGGUCUCCGUCUCCUCAUCCCAGCCCAUGAAGCCGCUGGUCACAGACAGGAACUACUUCCACCUGCCCUACUUUGAGAAGAAGCCCUGCAUCUACAUCAAGAGCUGGUGGCAGGACCAGCGCCGCAGGCUGUAUAACGCCAACAUCAUGGACAAGAUUGCGGACAAGCUGGAAGAAGGGCUCAAUGAUGUGCAAGAGAUGAUCAAGACGGAGAAGCCUCACCCAGAGCGCCGGCUGCGAGGGGUCCUGGAGGAGCUGAGCAGUGGGUGCCUGCGCUUCGUGACGUUGGCUGACAAGGACCAGCACCACUCUUCCCGCACGAGGCUGGACCGGGAGAGGCUCAAGUCCUGCAUGCGGGAGCUGGAGAACAUGGGCCAGCAAGCCACGACCCUGCGGUCGCAGGUGAAGAGGAACACCAUGAAGGACAAGCUGAAGCUGGUGCAGAACUUCCUGCAGAAGCUCCGCUUCCUGGCGGACGAGCCCCAACACACCAUUCCCGACAUCUUCAUCUGGAUGAUGAGCAACAACAAACGCAUUGCCUACGCCCGCGUCCCUUCCAAGGACAUCCUGUACUCCAUCGUGGAUGAGGAGAUGGGCAAGGACUGCGCCAAAGUGAAGACCGUCUUCCUCAAGCUACCUGGGAAGAGGGGUUUUGGACCUGCCGGCUGGACGGUUCAGGCCAAGAUGGAGAUUUACUUGUGGCUGGGCCUCAACAAGCAGCGCAAAGACUUCCUGAGUGGCCUGCCCUGUGGCUUCGAGGAGAAGAAGAUCGCCAGAGGCCAAAACCUGCCGUCCUUCCCACCCAUCAGCCUCCUUUACACCAAGAAGCAGGUUUUCCAGUUGCGAGCCCACAUGUACCAGGCCAGGAGUUUAUUUGCUGCCGACAGCAGUGGCCUUUCGGAUCCCUUUGCCCGAGUCUUCUUCACCUCCCAGAGCCAAUGCACUGAGGUCCUCAAUGAGACCCUUUGCCCAACCUGGGACCAGCUGCUGGUCUUCGACAAUGUGGAGCUGUACGGAGAAGCCCACGAGAUGCGGGACGACCCCCCUAUAAUUGUCAUUGAGAUCUAUGACCAGGACACGGUGGGCAAAGCUGACUUCAUGGGCCGCACCUUUGCCAAACCGGUGGUGAAGAUGUCGGAUGAGCAGUACUGCCCACCGCGGUUCCCCCCGCAGCUGGAGUACUACCAGAUCUACAGGGGCAACUCCACCGCGGGCGACCUGCUGGCGGCCUUCGAGCUGCUCCAGAUUGGCCCUGGGGGCAAGUCGGACCUGCCCCCAAUCGACGGCCCCACAGACAUGGACCGGGGCCCCAUCCUGCCGGUGCCACUGGGGAUUCGGCCGGUGCUGAGUAAAUACAGAGUGGAGAUCUUGUUCUGGGGGCUCAGGGACCUGAAGAGAGUGAACCUGGCGCAGGUGGACCGGCCCCGGGUGGACAUCGAGUGCGCUGGGAAGGGGGUGCAGUCCGCCCUCAUCCAGAACUACAAGAAAAACCCCAACUUCAGCACUUUGGUCAAGUGGUUCGAAGUGGACCUCCCGGAGAACGAGCUGCUCCACCCGCCCCUGAACAUCAGGGUGGUGGACUGCCGUGCCUUCGGGCGCUACACCCUGGUGGGCUCCCACGCCGUCAGCUCCCUCCGAAAGUUCAUCUACCGCCCGCCAGACAAGAAGGCCCAGCACUGGAACAUGACGGCUAAACAUCUCAAAGGCUACCUGGCAAUGGCCAACGGGGCCCCUCGCUCUCGCCCCACAGGGGAGAUCGUUGUCAACAUGGAGCCUGAGGUUCCCAUCAAGAAGAUGGAGACCAUGGUGAAGCUGGAAGCUAACUCCGACGCGGUGGUGAAGGUGGACGUGACUGAGGAAGAGAAGGAGAAAAAGAAAAAGAAGAAGAAAGGAGGAGGAGGAGGAGGAGGGGCAGGAGGAGAGGAAGUAGAAGAGGAGGAGCCGGACGAGAGCAUGCUGGACUGGUGGUCCAAGUAUUUUGCUUCAAUUGAGACUAUGAAGGAGCAACUCCGGCAGCAGGAAGCAGCUGCAGCAGAAGCAGAGGAGAAGGAAGAAAUGGAGAUUGCAGAAGAAAUCAAACUUGAUGACUCUCCCAUGAAAGGCUUCAAGGGCCAGGCAAAGAACAAGGAGAAGUCCAAGGCACCCAAAGACGACAAGAAGAAGAAGCAGCAGUCGGUCCCUGAGCUUCCCGAGAAGAAGAGCAAGCAGAAGAUUGACGAGCUGAAGGUCUUCAACAAAGAGCUGGAAGCAGAGUUUGAUAACUUCGAGGACUGGCUGCACACCUUCAACCUGCUCCGUGGGAAGAUCGGGGACAACGACGACAACGCAACGGAAGAGGAGCGGAUAGUGGGGAGGUUCAAAGGCUCCAUGUGUGUCUACAAAGUGCCUCUCCCCGAUGAUAUCACCAAGGAGGCAGGAUACGACCCCACCUUCGGCAUGUUCCAGGGGAUCCCCAGCAACGACCCCAUCAACGUGCUGGUCCGAGUCUACGUUGUGCGGGCCACGGACCUGCACCCAGCUGACAUCAACGGGAAAGCUGACCCCUAUAUUGCCAUCAAGCUGGGGAAGACAGACAUCAAAGACAAGGAGAACUACAUCUCCAAGCAGUUGAACCCUGUCUUUGGAAAAUCCUUUGACAUUGAGGCCACCUUCCCCAUGGAGUCCAUGCUGACGGUGGCGGUGUACGACUGGGACCUGGUGGGGACAGAUGACCUCAUUGGGGAGACCAAGAUCGACCUGGAGAACCGCUACUACAGCAAGCACCGAGCUACGUGUGGGGUGUCACAGACUUACUCCAUGAAUCUCCCUCUUCCAUUGGCUGCUGAUGGGGAAGUCUGUGCUGUACCUUUACUCUUAAUGGGGUUUAGGAUCAAAAGAGAUGGGAAACGGCAACAGAAGGGGCUGAGGGGCACUGGUGGGGCUCAACACGGGUAUAACGUGUGGCGUGACCCCAUGAAGCCCUCACAAAUCCUGUCCAAGCUGUGCAAAGAGGGCAAGGUGGACGGGCCGCACUUCGGGCCAGGAGGAAGAGUGAAAGUGGCCAACAGGGUCUUCACCGGCCCCACGGAGAUCGAGGAUGAAAACGGUCAGAAGAAGCAGACCGACGAACACCUGGCCCUGACUGUGCUGCGCCACUGGGAGGACAUCCCACGGGCAGGCUGCAAGCUGGUCCCCGAGCACGUGGAGACGCGCCCGCUGCUGAACCCCGACAAACCGGGCAUCGAGCAGGGUCGCCUGGAGAUGUGGGUGGACAUGUUCCCCAUGGAUAUGCCAGCGCCUGGCCCUGCCAUCGAUAUUUCCCCCAGGAAACCAAAGAAAUACGAGCUCCGGGUGAUAGUGUGGAACACAGACGAGGUCAUCCUGGAGGACGACGACUACUUCACGGGCGAGAAAUCCAGCGACAUUUUUGUCCGGGGGUGGCUGAAGGGCCAGCAGGAGGACAAGCAAGACACGGACGUCCACUACCACUCGCUGACCGGUGAAGGCAACUUCAACUGGCGCUACAUCUUCCCCUUCGACUACCUGAUGGCGGAGGAGAAGAUUGUCAUCUCCAAGAAGGAGUCCAUGUUCUCCUGGGACGAGACCGAGUACAAGAUCCCGGCCCGGCUCACCCUGCAGGUGUGGGACGCCGACCACUUCUCGGCCGAUGAUUUCCUCGGGGCCAUCGAGCUGGACCUGAACCGCUUCCCCCGGGGAGCCAAGACGUCAAAGCAGUGCAGCCUGGAGAUGGUGACAAACGAGGCGGAGCUGCCCAUGGUCUCAAUCUUCAAGCAGAAGCGGGUGAAAGGCUGGUGGCCAUUUGUGGCCAGGGAUGAGAAUGAUGAGCUGGAGGUCACCGGGAAAGUCGAGGCUGAACUACACCUCCUGACUGCAGAGGAGGCAGAGAAAUCCCCCGCCGGGCUGGCUCGCAAUGAGCCUGACCCGCUGGAAAAACCCAACCGCCCAGACACGUCUUUCAUCUGGUUCCUCAACCCGCUCAAGUCCAUCAAAUACCUCAUCUGUACCCGCUACAAGUGGCUCAUCAUCAAAAUUGUGCUGGCCCUCUUGCUCCUCGUCAUGGUGGCCCUCUUCCUCUACAGCAUGCCAGGCUACAUGGUCAAGAAGCUCCUGGGGGCAUGAAGCAUGGGGACAGCCAGCCCCCAGCCCAGUGCCACCACCUGCCCCAGCCCCAUACCCUUCUCCUGCCCGCGGCCUCGCAGCAGCCUCGGGGGACAUCUCGCUGCUGCUGGCCCUCCUCUGCUGCAUUUCUCCAUGGAUCCCAUUUCUGGCUUCAUUCCCAGAGAAAUGGGUCUGGAGGAAAGCUUCAGCCCUGAGGCUGGGCAUCCCUUGCCUGGGCAGUGACCAGCUGGCCACUGCGGGGCACUCAGGCUGGGGGUCUUGGACCCCUUUGCCCAGUGGGGAAGGAGCCGGUGCUCUGCUGAGUGGGAAGUGGAGCUAGAGCUGAGGAUGCAUUACUGGAGCCGUGGGAGCACUCCCCAAAUGUUCUUUGAGGAACAUUGAGAAACGGAGCCCUGGGGCCGUGCAAGGGGCAGCCCUGCCCUGCUCUGCCCUCCCUGUGGCACUGGCAGAGGCAGGGAAGCAUCCAGCAGCACAAGCAUCUUCCCAGGGCCACCAACCCAGCACGGGUGCUGGCUGGACACCCCUGGGGCUCACAGGGAGCCACAGCCUCUGUCACCGCGUGAGCUCCCCCUGCCCGUCUCACUUGGGGCUUUGGUUUGUGCUCACCCAGAUGCACUGGGGCUGGGGCAUUUCUGGCUGUGUAUACUGGGGAAGGAGGGAGGGAAGGGCUCUCUUCUAAGCUCUCUGCCAUGCUCAGCUGUUGAAGACUCACCAUGCUCAGCUUCCAGUGUGCAAGACCCUCAUUUACUUCGGGAAUGACUCUCGGGGACGUUUUAAGGAUGCUGCUGUUGUAGUCUGUCAAUAAAGUCUCGGUUUCACUGCUGA